CAAAAAGAGGUUUGCCAAUGGCCUCAUAGUUUAACUAAUCAAAUAGGGAGUGGAAGUAGAAGAGCUGAUCAGAAACACCAUCCUGGAUCAGGGACACUUUUACCAUCUUCCUAUCCGCUGGCUUAUUGGACCUUCCUUCUCCGAUGGAGUCGGCGGUUGCUGACAGAAUCGAGCUGGCGAAGCUAUGCAGUGCCAAAGAUUGGUCAAAGGCAAUUCGACUUCUCGAUUCUCUUAUUUCCAAGAGCUGCCUUAUCCAAGACAUCUGCAAUCGAGCGUUUUGCUAUAGUCAACUGGAGCUUCACAAGCAUGUUAUUAAGGAUUGUAAUAAGGCGAUUCUGCUGGAUUCUUCCGCACUACAACCUUACAUACUCAAAGGUCAUGCUUUAUCUGUGUUGGGUAAGAGAGUGGAAGCCAUACUGGUUUGGCAGCAAGGCUAUGAACAUGCUGUUCAACGGUGUACUGAUUUGAAACAGCUAUUGGAGUUAGAGGAACUUUUAGCGAUUGCUAGAAGUACAUCCAUACCUGGCGAUGAUAAUUCUUCACAGUUGUGUGGACUUGGCUCUGGGCCUCUUCUUUCUAAUAAUAUUGUUGAAAGUUGUAAGAACCAUGGGUUAAAUGGUGAACUGAAACAAUUUAGAAAGAAAAUGGACAAUCAAACGGAUAAUAUUAAUGACAUUUGUCAAUCAAAUGGAUGUCAUAAUAGGGCGAGAGAAAAUAGCAAGGGCAGUAUACUGUCAAAUGGAAGUCAUCAAAAACAAGCAAAUGGAACCUGUGGUAUUCCUGUCACAUUGGGUUCUCAUUCUACAGUAUGUGGUGACUUAAAUGAUAGGUCCGAACAAUGCAGUGGGUCGUCAUUAGUCACUAAUGAAUCAAGCGAAUCAUCAGAGAUUUUGAGCCAGUUGAAUAAUGAACCUGGAGUUCGUAUUGAAAUGAGCGAUGCCAAUAACAGAGGUAAAGAAUUCUGCGUCAGCAAGACUGUGAAGACAAGAUCAGUAACUUUGGAUUUACGAUUAUCAAGGGGGGUAUCUCAGGUUAAUGAAGGAAGAUAUGCAGAUGCUAUAUCCAUAUUUGAUCAGAUUCUAGAUGAAGAUCCCAGAUACCCUGAGGCAUUAAUAGGAAGGGGCACAGCAUAUGCAUUUAAGAGAGAACUUGAUGCAGCUAUUUCUGAUUUUACACUGGCUAUAGACUCAAAUCCAUCAGCAGGUGAGGCUUGGAAACGCAGAGGGCAGGCCCGUGCUGCCUUGGGGGAGUCUGUCGAGGCAGUUACUGAUUUGGCUAAAGCUUUGGAGUUUGAACCAAAUUCAGCUGACAUAUUGCAUGAAAAGGGAAUUGUGAACUUUAAGUUCAAAGAGUUCGAAGCUGCUGCUAAAGAUCUUUACUCAUGUGUAAAUUUUGAUAAGAGUAACAAAUCUGCACACACUUAUUUGGGUUUAGCAUUAGCUUCAAUUGGUGAAUAUAAAAAGGCUGAGGAGGCACACAUGAAGGCAAUUCACAUAGACCCUAAUUUUGUUGAGGCCUGGGCUCAUCUAGCACAGUUGCAUAAAGAUUUGGGGAAUUCUGCUAAGGCUUUGGAAUGCCUUCAUCAACUUCUGCAAAUUGAUGGGGGGUAUGCUAAAGGAUAUCAUAUGCGUGGGUUGCUUCUCCAUGGUAUUGGAGAUCACAGGAAUGCUAUCAAGGAUCUAUCUGUGGGGCUAACUCUUGAUAGCGGAAAUGUUGAGUGCUUGUAUUUGAGAGGCUCUUGCUAUCAUGCAAUUGGAGAAUAUAAAGAUGCAGUGAAGGAUUAUGAUGCUGCUUUAGAUGUGGAAUUAGAUUCAAUGGAAAAAUUUGUACUUCAGUGCUUGGCCUUCUAUCAGAAAGAAAUUGCACUGUAUACAGCUUCAAAGCUCAACAGUCAGUUUUGGUUGUUUGAUAUUGAUGGAGAUAUUGACCCCCUAUUUAAGGAAUAUUGGUGCAAAAGACUGCACCCAAAAGAUGUGUGCGAAAAAGUUUACAGGCAACCUCCCCUGAAGGAAUCCUUGAAGAAGGGAAAAGUGAGAAGGCUACAUUCUUCCCCAACAAAGCAAGCACACGCUCUUCUACAGGCAGCAGAUUCCAUUGGUAGGGGCAUACAAUACCAUUGUCCUGGCUUCUUGCCAAAUAGGCGUCAGCACCGGAUGGCUGGCUUAGCUGCUAUUGAGAUUGCACAAAAAAUUUCAAGAGUUUGGCGUACUAUACGAGUAGAAAUGAAACACUCAAAUAAAUGCACAUCCAAAAGUGCCAAGAGAACCCGGAGGAAGGAAGGGAUAACCCAUCUUAGUCGAAACAGGGGUGGUGCUGGUUGUAGCACUAGCAGUUCGUCAGAAACAUAUGGAUCAGCUGAUGAAAGACCAGCUGGAUGCCCUACAAUGUCGUGGCAUGAUGUGUAUUCUUUAGCUGUUAAAUGGAGACAAAUAUCUGAACCAUGUGAUCCAGUUGUCUGGAUAAAUAAGUUAAGUGAGGAAGAAUUCAAUUCAGGAUUUGGGUCCCACACUCCUCUCAUUCUAGGGAAAGCCAAGGUGGCUCGCUACUAUCCAAAUUUUGACAGAACACUAAAUGCUGCCAAAGCAGUAAUAAAGGAGAAUAAUUAUGUAUUUGACAAGAGAGACAACAUUCUAGAUCUUUCUGGGAAUGGGAAAUUGCAUGAGAUUAUGAGUGCUGACUCUUGCCAUGAUCUUUACAGAGCUAUUGGUGAGGACUUCUGGCUGGCUACACGGUGCUACAGCACGGCCUUUGAGGGAAAACAUCUUGAAGGGACAAGAAUCACACUACUAAAAACGCCUAAAGUUGGAUAUGACUUCUCAAUAAGAACACCAUGCACACCUGCAAGGUGGGAUGCAUUUGACAUGGAAAUGACAUCAGCAUGGGAGGCACUAUGUGAUGCUUACAGUGGGGAGACAUAUGGCUCAACUGACUUGGAAGUGCUAGAAAGUGUCAGGGAUGCAAUUUUGAGAAUGACGUUCUACUGGUAUAAUUUCAUGCCACUUUCAAGAGGAAGUGCAGUUGUCGGGUUUGUGGUUUUGCUUGGUCUCUUCCUAGCGGCUAACAUGGAGUUUACUGGAAGCAUCCCGGAAGGCGUGCAAGUGGAUUGGGAAGCCAUUCUAGAGUCCGACCCCAACGCCUUUGUUUCUUCUGCGAAGAGAUGGUUGUACCCAUCCCUCAAGGUGAACACAUCCUGGAAAGGCUAUGCUGAUGUUUCUUCAACUUUUGAGACUACGGGGUCUGUGGUCGCUGCUCUCAGUUCCUAUUCAGACUGAGAUAUUCAUUAUACAUUUGGCUUUUUCUUCAACUAAUUAAAGCGACACACAUAUACUAGAAAGUAGAAAGGCAGAAGUAGAUUGGGGGUGUGGGGUUCUUUUAGAGUCUAGAGGCAGUGCAAGGGCAAACAUCUGACAGGAAGACUAAAGGGAAAUUAAAACUCUGGGUUACCAAUCUAUGGUUGUUCCUUUGUAUAUAUACAAAUGUAGCCUUACGAUGUCUUUCAUAAUUUUUCCUAAUGAGCAAGGAUAGAAAUAAAUGUUUUUUCUACAUUCAUAAAUGAUGUCUAUUUAUUUGGGGUUAGAAAAGUUAGAUAACUUUUUAAUACCGAACAAAUAGUUGCCAUGUACAAAUUAAUAUAACACUGUCGAAAGAUCAUGUAACCAUAUCCUGAUGUAUGUAGUUGUAUAUACUUGUCUAUUGGCUCUAUUCUUGUCAAAAGAUUUCAGAAUGACGUUAAAUUAUUGAAGUGAUAUCAUAUUUGUUAGGGUUGUA